AUGAAGGCGAUCAAGGGCAGCCUGCUCACCUGCGACCCGGCAGUGAAGCAGCUCAUUCUGCAGCUCAACGAGCGUAUGCGCUUUGUCAUCCAAGAUCUCGACGAGACACAUCUGCUCGUCUCGACGGACCGCGUCGAGUGGAUGCGCAUCGAGCUCGAGACUGAGCUCGAGAAGAACACAUGGUCGAUCGAGGGCUAG